AUGCGGGCGGGCGCCGCGGCGCUCGCCCUGGCCUGGGCGGCGGCCGGCCGGCCCGCGACCGUGGAGGUCUCGCCGCGCGGCGACGCGCGGCGGCUGCGGGAGACGUCCGUCGCGGACCCGAGCGUGCCCGGCCGCGUGCGGACGUCCGCCGUGGCCGUCGGCGCCAACCUGAGCGGCUGCGCCUUCGUCGGCGAGGUCAACCUCGGGGCGACCAUGGACAUGGACGUCGUCUCCGACGCUUUGAACCACGGCGCGCUCGCGGCGGAAGCCUACCGGCGGCUCGCGGACGAGGCGAACCGGCCCCCGCGGUGCGGCGUCUACGUCAACGGCAGCGCGGGUCUCGGCCGCUACGCCGUCGCGGCCCACGUCUACGACGCCGUCGACGGCAAGGGCGCCUACUACGGCGACGCGCCGCUGCGGCUCGCGCCGCGGGACCUCACGGUCGACGGCGCGGACCGCGCGUUCGCGACGCCGUUCCACGUGGACCCGGACCUCGACGUUUCGGGGCUCGUCAAGGUCGUCCCGACGAACAACUCCCUCAUCAUCUCCGCGCUGGGGCAGAUCCUGACGGAGCUCGAGCUGUCGAACGUGACGUUCGUGUUCGACGAGAGCCAGGAGGACUGGGGCGGGGGCUGGGACGACGUCGACGCGUACCUGCUCGACAGCUGGGGCGUCGUCGCGACGAAGCUGACGACGGAGGAGCUCGUCGCGGACGUCACCGUCGUGGACGCGUCCCACCUGCUCGUCGUCGCGUCGUACGACCCGGACUCGUGCGAGGCCGAGAUGGACGCGCUCGACGCCGGCAGGCUCGCGCCCCAGGCCCAGCUCUUCGUGAGCUGCCUCGACGGCCUCUUCGCGAAGGAGAUCGUCCGCGGCUUCGCGGGCCAGACGGAGCGGUCCUACGAGGUCGACGCGUGGCACGACCGCGUCGAGGCCGUCGACGGCCUCACGGGCGAGUCCGCGGGCACGCUCCUGGAUCGGCUGGGCACGUCCUACGACCUCGACUGGGACCCGCUCUCCAGCGAGACGGCGGUCUACGCGCUCGCGGCCUUGUCCGCGACGCUCCAGGCGCUCGAGGGGUCCCUCGCGAGCGUGGACGCCGACGAUCUGAACGCGCGGCUCCUCGCGUGGCUCGCGGACCAGCCGGCCGUCGCGACGGCGCUGGGCAACCUCACCUUCGACGCCUCGGGCCAGGCGUCCGUCGCCCGCGCGCCCGUGAGCCAGUACACGGCCGAGGCGGAGAAGAAGCUCGUCUGGUACUACGGCGCGGCCGAAAGCGCGUACCUCACGUGGGACCAGGCCGAGUGCGUCUACAGCCACAACUGCAGCAACGCGGGCGACUGCCAGGGCGACGGCACCUGCGCCUGCCGCGACGGCUUCAGCGGCGACGAGUGCGCCGUCAAGAACUGCGCGCCGGGCUCCUACUACACGGCCCCGUCCGGUAAGACCCCGACGGACCCGCCCGUCUGCGAGACCUGCGAGCCGGGCACGUUCACGGACGCCUACGGCUCCGACAAGUGCCGGAUCUGCGACCUCUACUCGUACGCGCCGGACGCGGGCGCGUCGUCCUGCCUGAGCUGCCCGGCGAACUCGAAGCGCUACCCGCCGUCGGCCAUCGACUUGGCCGCGCUCGCGUCCUUCGACGGCGACGCCAUCUUCGAGUUCCUCAUCUCGCACGCGACGUCCGCGUCCCACUGCAUCUGCGAGAUGGGCACCUGCGAGGGCAAGCACUGCUUCCAGCCCCUGGGCGAGGAUGGCGUCGCCUCCAAGUGCGACUUCACGGAGUGCGCCGAGCCCAUCGCGGGCACGGGCGCGUACUCGCCCGCGGCGGCCGUCUUCGACGGCGCGAUGACGUGCUACGAGUGCCCGAAGAACGCCUACUGCCGCGGGGCCUUCGACCUCCCCAUCCCCGUCAAGGGCUUCUCCGGCGUGAGCACGGUCGACGUGUCCCGGAAGAAGUUGUUGACCUGGGAGCACCCGCUGCGCAUGGACCGGUGCGCGUCGUACGAGGGCGACUGCCAGGGCAACUACAACUGCCCCGGCUCCAAGGCCCAGGGAUCGCUGCUCUGCCAGGCGACGCGCGCGGGCUUCACGACCGUGGGCGACAUGGUCAUCGAGUGCCCCGCGGGCGCGACGGGCGUCGUCUUCCAGCUCCUGCUCUCGGGCGGCCUCGUCGCCGCGUUCUUCGUCGUGACGCACUUCUCCGACAAGUACGAGGCCGUGGGCAUUUUUUUGACGCACGCGCGGUCCAUCUCCAUCAUCGCCCAGGUCGACGUGAACUGGCCCAAGGACCCGCUCCUCGCGCUCUUCUUCAACUUCAUGGCCGCGACGCAGUUCGACGUCGACAUCGCGCCGCCGCGCUGCUUCUUCGCCAAGUGGGGCUUCAUGGAGCGCAUCUUGGUCCAGCUGUUGCUGCUGUUGUUCAUGUUCGGCUUCUACUUUUUUUUCUCCUACCUGCCGACGUGGUACCGGCACCGCGGGUCCGGCCCGGAGCUCGUGCGCACGGCGUGGAACCACCUCCUCAAGUUCUGCAUCGCGUCGCUCGUCAUGACCUACCCGAGCUUGUGCGAGGUGUCCAUCGCGUCGAUGAUCUGCAAGGAGUUCGACGACGGCGGCGCGUACCUCGCGCAGGACCUCGAGAUGCGGCGGCAGCACCGCGUCGUCGCGUCGCUCGGCUUCGUCAUGACGCCGUUCCUCAUCGGCUUCCCGCUGUGGAUCUACGCCGUGCUCGUGACGAAGAUCAAGCGCAACGAGCUCAUGUCGACGGACAGCCUCGAGCGCUACGGGCCCAUGUACAGCGGCUUCAAGCCCCACAUCGCGUGGUGGAGCGCCGUCGAGAUCGCGAAGCAGCUCACGCUCGAGGCGCUGAACCAGAUCCUGCGCCCCCUGGGCCCGGGCAUCACGCUCUGGGCCUACGUGCUCAUCCAGUUCAUCCACGUCGUGUCCAUGGCCGCCUACGACCCCUUCCUCCACGCGGGCGAGAAGGGCCUCGAGAGCGCGCUGCUGUCGACGGCGGUCGUCGUCAUCGCGUCGGCGAGCCUCUUCGCGUACUACGGCGACGAGCCGAGCCGCCACGAGGAGCAGCACAUGCUCACGGUGUCCUACAUCGUCGACGGCUGCCUCAUCGUGUGCCUCUACAUCACCUACUCGGUGGUGAAGACGAACAUCCGCGCGCGGAACUCCAAGGACAAGCUCGUCGCCAAGCUCACGGCCCUCUACGACGAGGUCCUCGCGGACAAGCCCAAGCCGAAGCGCGCGAGCCUGCUCGACAAGAUGAACGACCUGAAGCGCCCGUCCAUCAAGACCCUCGCGGACGUGCGGAACUCGCUGGAGGCGGUCGUCAAGGGCGACGACAACACGGGCAACUACUUCGCGGACCCCGAUUCCGAGUUCUACCAGACCUUCUGCUCCGAAUGUUUCCUGAAAUGGGUCGACCAGGCGGAUCCGAAGGACCCGAAGACCAAGGAGCUCCUCGAGGACAUCCUCUACGUCAACGAGCACCUGCUCGAGGCCUACUGCCGCGACGACGCGGAGUUCGGCACCUACGCCGUGUCCGCGGAGGCCGAGGUCUGGCAGAAGCUCAUCGCCGCGUUUCCCAAUUUGUUCGAGUGGCUCGUGACGGACCCCUCCGAGGCGCAGAUCGCGGACUUCAACGCGCUCAUCGAGAAGCUCGCGAGACUGCGGCGCCACUACGGCAUGGGCUCCACGACGUCCGUCGACCCGGACUGGACCUUCCGGAAGCACUACGGCCGCCAGGCGCGGUCGCUCGCGACGACGGGCAAGUUCCAAUCCGACGCGCCGCAGGACAAGCCCUUCAUGCGCCUCAUCCACAAGGAGGACCGCGCGACCAUCGUCUUCGCGCUCUGCUCCGUCGACAAGGCCGUGCGCGAGCGCUUCUUCCGGCUCCUGUCGAACGUGCGGCUCGGCCAGUCCAUGGACCCGCUCGACGGCGGCGAGAACGUCCUGGAGCACUUCGCGCCGGACCCGGACUGCGACGCGGGGCCCCCGAUGAGCCUGGAGCUGCCGCUACGGGGCGCGCAGGCGGCCCCGGGCAACAAGUCCGAAAAGCCGCACGCCUCCAAGCGCCGGCCGUCGUCGCCGGGUUUGGACGAGGAGAAAGACGAGGCCAAAAACCCGCCGCAGUUCCAGAAGCGGCGCUCGUCGUCCUCCUCCCGCAAGAGCCGCCGGGACCCGCCGCCGGAAUCGGAUUUAUCAGAGCUGUCGGCCUUCUUUUUCUGCCGCGACGGCUCCCUCGGCGACGACCUCAGGGGCCGCGCGCGUGUCGCCGCGCGCGCGUCGCCGCCGACGGUCUUCGGCUGCGACACCUACAUCUGCGACGACUCCCACGACGCCCCCAACGAGCUCAGGCUCGGCGCGCCGCCGUCGGCGCCGCCGAAGCGCCGCGGCAGCUCCCGGAAGAAGAAGCGCGCGUCGUCGGCGAAGGCGGAGGUCGCCUCGGACGUCCCCUGAAAUUCAAAAUCCACACCCAGCCCCCUGUCCACCGCCGACGCAGUCGCGGCUUGAACCGCCGACCAACUCGCGGCCUGGCUAUUUAUAGCGCACGCUGCGCCUUCCCUGUACUCCUAUUUUCUCGGGG